AGACUGCGCGGAUAAACGCUGUAAAACGAACAUUAUUGUUUGAUGUAAUGAACAUUAUUAUGCGAAUAUUAUGUAUUUUGGUAAUUAUCUUUGUCGUUACAACAAUCGUUUCAAUAAUCACAUAUAUCUGAACAAUGUACAGAAUAAUCAUCAAACCUCGAAAGUAGUCGUUAUUUCGAUCACAUCGCAGAUUCGAUCGUACAGAGCGGGAAUAUCACCUGUGAGAUUAUAUAUCGUAUUUUUGUACCUGUAGUCGUACUUAAUUUUUUCCAAUCUUUCCGUGGCAUCGAAUUUCACUGCGCUCCUUUUUGAAAAUUGUCGCUCGUCGUGCGAGAAUAUAUUUCUUGAUAUUUUGACGCAGAGCGGCAAAUCGCGGUCUUUGCUACGUGCGAAGCUUUUCGAAAGGCGAAAGUAAUCCUAGAUGACGUUGUAUACGCUGAAGAUGGCCGAAAAUGUCGCGCGUUAGUACGAUAUGUUCUCGAAGAGAGAAACGCUGCUGUAAAUAUGUGCGCGUGAAAGAGUGCGGGACGUCCGGUUCGUUUUAUUCAGUGAAAAUCUGCGUUUACGAUGUCGGAUGAGUCCGAGUAUGACGUGGAGCCGGAGGAGUUCGACAUCUACAAGAAAAAGUAUCAAUUACUGUUAGAAAGAUGCGAGAUCUUACAGCAGGAGAAUGAACGAUUGGUCUACAGGAUUCAGAGAGUGAGAAAGCUCCUGCGACGCACAAGAAAAGAAAAAAAGUUAGUUUCUAGAUUUUUGAUCGAUCGAUUGGACCAACACGGAGAUCGUUGGCGUGAAGCACCAAUGGGUGUCUUCGAGGAAAAUAGUGUAUUUCAAACAACUCCAAAAUCGGAGAAAGGGGGGAAGGGCGCUUCCAAUAAUGCCAAAGAGGAGAAGCCCAAGAAGGGAACCAAGAGGAAAGGUGCAAAAGCUGAUCCAAAUGCGCCGAAACGACCUGCUAAUCCCUUUUUCCAGUUUUGCCAAGAACAGAGACCUCGUGUGAUGGAACGCUUGGCUGGAGAGCCAGAGCCUAGCAAACAAGAAUUAACUAGACAACUUGCAACUACAUGGAAAUCACUUAGUUCUGAGGAUAAAAAAGUAUAUUAUGACAUGUACGAAAGAUCCAAAGAGAAGUAUGUAGCGGAGAUGCAAAUAUAUAAUAAAAAAACUGAAGACGCACCUUGUCAAGUGCCAGUAAAUAUUACAUAAUACUUACACAUGACAAUAUCUAUUUAUAAUAAGAAAU